UUGUUAAUGUUUCACUGACUUUCGGCAAACUGGGUUCAUGGUUUUUUUGGACCCAUCACAGUUGCCAGCAAACUGCCCGACUGUAUAGUAUCCGCAAAAGGAGAAACUGGGUUUAUGGUUUUUGAGUCGGCAAACUGGUUUUCGGCAAAGUAGGCCUAGACUCGGCCGGCAAUCUGGCAUUCGGCAAAACUGAGUUUCAAAAAUCUGGCCUAGGCCUAAAUCCUAAGGACCUGAUCAUAGUUCAUCCUAAAUCGUUCAAUUAACAAAUAUCAAUGUGGAUGUGAUCUUUGGACCCAUCACGUUGCCAGCAAACUGACCGACUGUAUAGAAUCCGCAAAGGGAAAUAGAAUUGUUUCUGAGGAAAGCAUCCAAAUUGUAUCAAGUUUUAUAGGACACAAUGUCUGAACCGUCUAUCAGAACCACCCAGAGUUCGCAUACCGGUGCAACUGUCACGAACACAGAAUACAGCAACCAGACGAGUUUAGGAUGCGAUACAGUUUAUCUUACAUCAAUACAAGGUCUUCUAAAGGUAUCCCAAAUGACAUUUUCGUUCAUCGCGUUCAUGUGUGUCACGUGCGCUCCUGGUUGGCAUAUAUCUCAUUGGUCUGCCUACCAAUUCUUCCAGUUUGUCUCCAUGACUUGUCUUGUGCUGACUUCUUUUCAGUUGUUCCUAAUUUGUACCAAACUUAUUUUUAGAAUUCCACUUCCAUGGAAUCCUAUGGAUGUGGUGUACCAUGCAUUUGCUGUAGGAUUUUAUUUCUUAGGUUCAUGUUUAGUUGCAGCCUGGGCAAUCAAUAGCUCUUUGGGUGCCGGGGCGGCAUUUGGAUUCUUCGCAUUUUUGGCAUAUGGCGGAGGAUUGUACUAUGCUAUUAUGGAUUACAGAAGGUCACUAGAGCUACGUGGAGGGAACCCACCCAACACCAUUUCAACAACGAUAUCAACAACAACUACAGUCGCUGGUCCUAGUAAGACGGUCAUCGAAACACCUCCGAUGCAACCAGAGUACUAACAGCUGACUUGUUGUCAACCAGCAAGGAUAUACUUAUGGUUUACUAAAAUGCACAAAAAUAGGGACUUUAGUGUGACGAUGCACAUUUAUGACCUCGUUCCUUUAUAUUUCGCUCCCGUAUGGCAGGCCCGUCUCGUUAUAUUUCUAUGUCAUGUUCGGCAAAAAGAAAGUAGGCCUAUAACUUGUAAUAUAUUUUUAAACGGGAGAUUUUUAAGUGAUCAACAGACUGAUCUUUUUUUUGCCAUAUUCUAUUAAUUUUUUAACAUGUGAUAAUGAAUUCAGGCAGAGAUUAAAGUCAGGCUUCGGAGGAAAACAAAUUUUUUAUAUGUUGUAGCACUGAUUUUUCUAAGACAGAAAAAUGGUUGUCUGACGAAAAACUGGGGAGCGGUGAAUGAGAUACAGAAUUUUGAAUUUUUAAAAACUGGAGGAAAGGCCCUUUUUUACACCUUUUUCAGUACCACACCUUUAACGGUCUUGACGCUUGUUCAUCUUCCCUCUACGCUGGCAUUUUUUGCCUGUUUUGUAUUUUGUUUAUCAUCGUUUGUCUGUAAGUUUUCCAGCGAUGAAACUUAAUAUAGGCCUAUAAACCAAAAUAAAAAUAAUAUUCAUAUACAGUACCACAAGCAGGUAACCAGAGGGUUUUGAAAUCAAAUCCCGGUUGGCAGAAAAUGUCCAGUAGCGUUGGCUUUUAGUGGUGGACUUGAGAUCAGAACACAGCUCUAGACCCUAGUCUUAAACAUACUAUUUACUGUAUUAAAACAAUUACUUUUUUAAGGUAAAAUCGAUAUUGAAAAUUAAUUAUGUGGAUAUGCUAAUAUGACUAAUGACAAAUGUUUAUAAUUAUAAGCCUAUUAAAUCUAACUAUAGUGUACAGCUGUGAGUUUUUUUUAAAUUAAGUUUCCUCUCUGCAAGGUACGGUAAUCAUUCUUUGUUUUUGUAUUUUUCCCAUGAUACCAAUUCAAAUAAGUGUUUAUAAUAAUAAAUCGUUAAUGAAACAGA